GUCGAAGAGUGAAGAUGCGCCGGUAGUAGGUGUAGCGAACAAACUGAAAUAGGAUCACGAGAGUCAAUUGAUAUUUAUAGGCUCUUCUUCUUUCAGUAACAGCAUUUUCUCGCUUAUUCUGAAGAUCAUGGGUUAAGGACUUAGAAACUUGCUUACUUUUUUCGAUGAAGUCGAAGCUUUUUUUCGGGCUCCUGUAACAAGAAACAUCAAGAUGCAACGCUUGGCGUCUUUUUUGCCACCGGCUUGUGCCAACUUUUUUCCAAAGACGGGAAAAACGGUCGGCAUUAUAGGUGGAGGAGCUGCAGGAAUGCUGGCUGCUGAACGUCUCCGUAUGGCGCUUGACUUCUAGGACAGUUUCUAUUUCUAUUUGAGUGAUUAAAUAAAUAUACUAGUACGAAAAAUUAGACGAGUCAGAGCAGUCUACUUCAUCUGCUCCUUCUUUCUAUAAUUUUUAUGCAGCAGAACCGCACCGAGGUAGAUCGUGACGCGUCCCCUGUCUACUGAGUAUCAUCAUACCUCAGCCCUUGCUACUACUCCUUUCUCUUGUUGAUUAUCUUCUGCUAGUUUUCCAUACUUCUGCUUCUUGCAGCCACGACUGUCUCAGUCUAUUCAUCAUGUUCAUAGUCAUCAUCUUCAUAGAGGUUGCAUUUCAUGCGUUGCCACCUAUUCGACGUGACCGUGAUCGACCCGAAGAGCUACUACGAGUACUCUCCCGGGAUGUGUCGCGCCUUUGUGCAACCCUUUUCAGCACACAAGCGGAUCACCUUCGAUAUGAUGACAGAAAACAGCUUAGCGUCCUCCACAAAGAAGGAGAAACUUUACUUAGUGUGUUCUCUUUCUCCGCAUAUGACGCAAGAUGAUGAAGACGAAGCACAAGCACUUGACCUUCACAGUUUUUUAGUUCCUCCAUAGGAGUAGUAAAUGAUCAUGCCCAGCAUGCGUGACCAUGUUGUUGUUGACUGCCCGAUCCAUAUAAAAGACGCACACGCAGACAACUCAGGAAUAGGAAGUACUUCAAUAAGUUGAAUCUUCUUCAUAUUAGACGACACCAUCGCGCCCGCCUUUCAUAUUGAAUUAUCGGCGAAUACUCGAGGACGCACUUGGCGUCGAAUUUAUGCAAGGGUAUGUGGAAUCACUAGUGGAUCGGGCAGGUGAGGCAACGGGCUCUACACCAGUUAAGGCCUUUUUCUGGUAGUGGCAUCAGUGACAUUGACAUUGACUAUUCAUCUCUCUCUUUAACCAAUACCAACGUACGCAGAGUCCUCAUAUGCUUAUGCUGGGCGUGGACCAAGGAGGAUACCGAGGUCUAAAGCAGAUAGGACCGAAAAGUUGUCUUCGUCUAGACCGAAAAAGUCACUUUAUCUAAUACGUCUUCGAAUGCAGAGCCUGCAGGAGCGCCAGAAAAUGGAGGGCCAUUUAUGGGUAGGUUAAAGGUCAAGGUGUUCCUGUUACUGUUCAUUCUGCCUCUCUGAAAGGGGAAAGGCAUCACGAAGAACGGGGAAGGAACAGACGUCUAAAGCCCUCCCGCUAAGUCAACAUCUUCAUCGUCAGCCGGGUCAUUCUCCUCAGCGAGUGCCUCGUCAUCAGCGUCAAAACAGCUAAGGCCUAGCGGGCUACGGUGUCUGGUUGGAAAGUCCACAACUACGGCUACAGUUAAGGCUCAACUUUCAUUGCUCACCAUUUAGAUUCGAGUCUCUGACAUCAAAGAGGUGGAGACCCCAUGAGAGAACAAGGGAAAACUAAGGGAGACUACUAGGGGAUAACUACUACUACUAGAGGAAAACUUAAGUAGGGGCCUUGUCCCUUCAGCAUCAGUGACCAAUGAAUGGCGACCUUCAAACAAUUCAAUACGCAUGCGGGGUCUUCAGAAUCAACCGAAACGCGGAACUUCGAUUACAUCAUCGUAGCAACUGGUGUCCAGAACGGAAUAUGGAAGCAGCCUUUUGCGAGUCUCGAUUAAGGCCGUCUCGUUGGAUUUUCACAUUCUUGUUGUCUGCGAGUGAUACUUCUAGUUCUACUAGGUGUAGGUCUUAAAUCAUAUAUUAGCGCUGUAGAAGUUCUCCUGAUCCUGUCGCCUGUUCACGACGCGACGAUGUGGAUGUCGGAUGUCCUAUAUUUUUAUAUAAGUACUUAUUUCUAAAGAGGAGAGCGAAUGGAUCAGGUGAGAAGGUUGAGCCAGGCAUGGGCGUGCCAAAAGGAAAUGCAUGUAGUUGGGGCUGGUAUAGUGGGCACGGAAAUGGCAGCGGAGAUUAUGAAACGAAAAAGUGUUCUUGUACUCUGAGUUUGUUUAAGCAAGGCAAGCUUUGCAGCAAGAUGAGUAGAGUACUCAACAUAGUAAGUAGUGGAACUACUGACUGAAGAAAGUGUAACAUACUCAUACACAUACACUAACACUUGUAAGCUAUACUGAACUUCUACAACACGACUUGGUAGUACUCAACAUACAAACAAAAAUUAGCUCGUUCAGCUGGUUUAAGUUCCUGUUCCCCACUCGAUCUCAAAUCGAAAUCCAUUACAAUUUAUAAUUUCAGGUGUGAACUAUCUCUAUCUCUAUCUACGAUGAUGUAUCAUGGUUACACACCCACACCGUUAGGUUACAACAGUUUUUCCAAGUCCUAUCCUUUCAUAGAGAUUGCGCAUUAUUUACGAAUACCAGUCUCUCUCUACGACGGGAACCCACGUGUCCUCUUCCAGCUGCCGAAAGACGCUGCAGACUAUGCGAAAAAAUGGUACAAUAAACUCAAGCAGCACCAGCAUCAUAUCAUUUCUUCACUGACUACUCAUGGAAUAUGAUCAGGUCAGAGGACACCAUCGAUGACAAUUCAUUGUGAACUGAGUCAUGGAAAAUCAGGGACUUAUUGCAACAGGACACAAGUACUAUUUCUGGAAAUGAAGAGCAAGAGGAAGAACUGACUCUUCCUUAUAACAAAUCUUCAUGUCAGACACCAAUAAUUGUAAACUGACUCGUCAUGCCAAAUCAGGUUAGACCCCAAUAAUUGUGAACUUCAGGUUAGACAGCAAUAAUUGUGAACUGACCCAUGGUCAGGUUAGACACCAAUAAUUGUGCCCUUCGGAUGGGCGAGGGCUUUGACUUUGAAAACCACGGUGGGGACCCAAACGUCAUAAAGUGUGUUGGUGCAAAGCCCACUGCCAAAUUUCUCAGCAAAAAGUACCUCGAUUCGACAGGAUAUGUGAAGGUACUAGUGUAAAAUAAGCAGAAGCACGGCUGCAAUAUUUAAAUGAAAAUUAUGAAAAAUAUUUUUGACUCCCGCACUAACACUAAGACAAACAAGACUAACUAAACUUCUUGUUGUACGUGUAAUGCAUGUACUUUUUGUUGAGGCCGAUGAGUCGAACCUCCUGCUCUAACUGUUCUCUAUCUAUUUUACAUUUGGUCUCUCGUGAGGCUUCAACAUUCAUCGGCUACCACAUCUAAGGAAGGCAGCAGGCGCGCAAAUUACCCAAUCCUGACACAGGGAGGUAGUGACAAGAAAUAACAACAAUACCAGGUGAAUAGACAACUUCAAGUCCUAGAGGAGUAUCCUACCGCCACAGGAGAAAAAGGGACAGCACAAGAAGACGCAUCCGCAGCUGCGGCAUCACAAGAGAACGCCAACGGCGCGAAAUCGGACGAACACUUUAAGACCUUAAAAUUCCUGAUUCCUCCAGUACUACUACUACUAAUUUACUACUAAUAAUACCAGAGUAGUUUAUAGCACGCAUGGCGCAUGGAGUAGCAUGGAGUGCAUGGAGCGCAGAGCUUUAAGGGGUGCAAGAAGCUCCCCCUUUAGCUCCAUGCUACUCCAUGUGAUCCAUGCACUCCAUGCCAUGCGAGCUGUGAAACCUUAUAAAUUGCUCUGUAAUACUGAUAUGACUACUUUUCAUCUCAUCAUCCAUCUCCUACUACGACUACUUUUCAUCUCAUCGUCCAUCUCAUUCAGAAAUCAGCAGCGUCUUACUUAGAGGAGUUAGACUUCGCAGCCGCAGUGCGAUUGAAGGAGGAGAAAAAAUCUACUCACAGGGAGUAAAGAAGCUCAAAUAUGCUAGGUGUAGUUUUCAAAGAUACUAGCUUGGAUAAGGUCAGAUGCGAAUUUUCACAGAUUAAGGUGCUAGCUCCUGGUAUUGAACUGCUACAAGUCUAAUCCCAAUAUGGUCGAACUCGCGCCCGCGCCUGGCCUGUUCGCAUGCGGAGAUUGCGUCUCAUUGGAGGGGAUGCCCAAAACCAUGUUCGUCGCUGAGGAAAUGGCUGCACUGGUAGUGAGCAACAUUGAGCGCCUGGAGUUAAGGCUGUGAACGGAAGCAGUAGUGUAGUAGACUGACAACUGACAUACCCCUGGGGUAGGUAGAAGAUGGUAGAUCCAUUCACUAUUUUCGAUUUUCGAUGAGCAUGUCUUAGUCUUUCCUCAUCAAGAACGGCAUGAUAAGCAUAAUUUCUCGCCUUCUAAUAAAGGGCUUUGACAGCGAUCUUGUCUCUGAAACCAUCCGGAACACAUCUCUGGCAAAAACGUCUGAAGAGCAGCUACCACUAAAGAGCAUAUCGGAAGAGCUGAUCUUCCCCUUCUGUGUAAGCCUUGGACCCGCGGAUGGUACUUUUAUUCCAGGAAUUUUGGAGGAAUAAGUCGUAAGUAACUGUUGUAGCUGAAAUUGAAAUUCUUGUUGUUGUUUUUCGCAGUAGUUCCAGUUCGUACACUUACAAAUGCUAUGAAAAGUCGUUUAGGAGGUACAAAUAUUUAGACAACUUGUAGCAUUUUUGGCGCAGGUACCCAACUUGUAGUAGUGAUACUUUAUGUGCAAGGAAGUGCCAUCAUUACGUCGGCAAAAAAGUUGAAGUUCGUGACUUUGGUCACACUCACAACAUCAUUCUUUCAACUCGACAUGGACUCGUCCAGCAGGUGUUUUUGCUCAGACAUCAUUGCAGAGCGGAGGAGUUUUGUUGGACGGCAGGGCAGCUGCGAUGCAAAAACAACUGAUAGAAGAUACUAAGAUGAUGCAGCUACGCGAGGAGUCAUUCUACGCAAAACUUGCGUGGUCUGCUGUACACUAGAAGACUCGUAUACCUGCCGACGACUCCUAGAGCUGCCGCUUUUUUGGGCGUAGAUACUUCCAGUUCUGUGAGUAUAUUGUGGAACCUCCGAUGGCCUCAUAAGUAGAUCACACUUGUAGCUACACAAGAGAGUCCAUAAUUGACACGUUUGCACGUGUAGUUGUGCCUGUAGCUUUCUUGGUGACUGAAAAACUUUAACUUUUUUCACCGAAUUGAUUCGGCACUCUAUCGGAGUUUACAUUUUCGUUCUACAUCAUUGAGUCACCAUCCCAGCAAUAGCAAUACAUGUAUCGUCGCACUUGCUGAUACUAACACUACUCUUACAUCUGGGGAACGUCUCUUAUAAUUAUUAUUACUUUGCUCAUCCGACACCGUCUGACGUGUAACCGCGAGCGGAGCAUCAGUGGUACAUUAAUGAAAAUUGGCACUCUAUAAUAGACUAUUUGGCAACUCCAUUAGUAUCCUGACUGCAACAAGGCAACUUUGACUUGGCUUACCAUGAUGGUGAUACAACACAACAAGAAGAACGAAUCCUGCUGUGAUUGCGGCCUUCGAAUUACUAGAGCUAGAGGUCGCAGUGAUUUUCAUGUUGCGCUCAUUGUAGAGAACAAGAUGAUGGGCCGAUCUGUGUAAUAUGUUCGUUUUUGCAGGACGGAAACGUC